AAGAUCCUCACAGCCUGGACAUACCAUCACCUUAAACACAUUUUUUCUUCAAAUGUUCAGCUAAAGGUUGAGCAUACUUAUUUUUUUCUGCCUGCAAGAUCAUCUAACUUUGGACACGCAGGACUCUUGGAUAAUACACAAUGAUUCAAGGUGUUACUGAGAUCGCUGCAAUGUGUGUCGGACUGAUUGGGCUGAUCGGCGCCUCAGCAACGACAGGCCUGCCUAUGUGGAGGGUGACAGCUUUCAUUGAAGAAAACAUCAUUGUGAUGGAGACGCGCUGGGAGGGCUUGUGGAUGAACUGCUACAGACAGGCAAACAUCAGGAUGCAGUGUAAGGUGUACGACUCCUUGUUGUAUCUGCCCCCUGAUCUGCAGGCUGCCAGAGGCCUGAUGUGCUGUUCUGUGGCCUUGUCCGGGUUAGGGCUCUUGGUAGCUAUAGCUGGGAUGAAAUGUAUUUCCUGCUUUCAAGAUAACAAAUGGGCUAAAACAAUUUUUCUAGUUGUUGCUGGAGCAAUGCAGUUCAUGGCCUGCGUCUGUGUUUUUAUACCAGUGUCCUGGACUGCUCAUGUCAUCGUAAGUGAUUUUUACAAUCCAAUGCUGAUUGAUGCCCAAAGGCGAGAGCUGGGAGAAGCUCUUUACGUCGGUUGGCUGACGGGAGCUUUACUUUUUGUCUCAGCCUUGUUGUUCAUCUGCAGACAUAUACCCUCAGACAAAGACUCAUUUGACAUGUACGCCCCACCUAAAUUACUGCAUUACAAGCCAGAAGCGAACAGACCAGCAAUGACAAGAUAUCACCCCAUCUCAAGUGUUUCAAGUAUCCAGUCAAAUGCAUAUCCAAACUCUAUCCAGAGCAACACAUUGGUUAGGCAACAACAUCCAGCACUACUGCAAAAUGUCCCUCAAGUAAUGGCGAGCAAUGAAGGCCUGAUGAACCCAACUAUAGUUUACACUCCUGAAAAUGCAUCAUUAGUGUAUCAAGGAAGCCUGGCUCAUCAAUCUUCAGCGCAAAGCUCUCAACGCACUGGAAGUAUGUAUAUUGCAGGAAACCAAUUAUAUAUGACCCAAAACCCCACUCCAUACUCAACAACUUACACCGGCAAUGCAUCUUCAUCCUUCCAGUCAAGCUUCCAUCCUGUCCCACAGACUCCUGUUUUCAUAACUUAUAAGGAAUCCAUGGCUCAUCCAGAGUCUUAUAGACAUAGCCACAAUGGAGUGUACAUAUAAAAUAAAGUUUAAUUCGAUUUUUUGCUUUCCUGAACUAAAAACCACUUAAGAUCAAAUAAUUCCAAUGUAUCUUAAAUAGAUCGAAUCUGCUCUCGGGAAAAUAAGUCUAAUGUAUUGUGUUUGUCUGAUCCCAUUCAAGUUUUUUGUUUGAUUUAGUUUUGUGGGUUUUUUUGCAUAGUUUAUUUGUACCUAAAACAACGCUUGAUCUAUACUUAUUACUGUACAUUAUUUCAUUGUUUUUUUUAUUAUAUCUGUGAAAAUACUGCCUGAUUUAUACUUAUUAUUAUAAAAUAUGUGAAUGAUUUCUUCUUAUAUUCUUAUUAGAUUUAGGAUCAAUAUAAGAAUCAUCAUUCUGUGAUAAAACCUAUUUGUUUAUAUAAUUUCUAAAGAUAUAUAUAGAAAAUCCUGCUAUAUAAAUGCUUCACUUUUUGUACAGAUCGACAUGAAGCAAAAAAUAUAAAUUCAAAUCUAAAGGUGACAAAUGCACUUCUUAAUUCAGACUAUUGAAAAACACAACAAAGCAAUGAUGUAAAACAAAUUAAAUACAGAAAUUCUUGUCUACAGUGCCACAAAAAUGUUUUUGUUGUCUGCUUUUGUUGACUACUUACACAACCACCCGAAAAAGGUUAAAGUUCAUUGUUAGCAUUUGGUACAUAAUACAAAAAAUUCUCCCCGACAAAGACGAAAACUAAAACAAAUAGGCAAACGGACCUUGCAGGAGCUGAUUGCUGGCCUUUAGCCUUGAUAUGCGGGGCUGCAACAGGUUUGAUGCUCAGAACACAGGGCCAAAACACUGCAGCCUCAGCAGCUGGUGCUCUUACCACAACCAGAUGAUGGGAACAAUAUUGUUAAAUAUUGCUGUGUAGUUUUUUUUAAACAUGGAUUGGCAUGGCAGCGCAAUCUUUAGUUUCCAGGUAAACAUGUUUUUAAAACACCAGGGUCUGUAUUCACAAAGAUUCUCAGAGUCCUCUCAGAGAGCUCAUAUCUUAGCCUAAAAAUGCCUGCUAGCUUAAGACUGAUUCAGUUCGCUGCUUAGAGCGACUGACCGAGAAGACAACAGAAAUUCCCAUCUUGGUGAGGAGGUGUGGUUGACCCUGUUGCUAGGUGUGACGCUAUCUUCUAAGAGCUGUGAUUUGUUGUUGAGAAAGACAAAUAAACCAAAUGCUCUCCUAGUAAUCAGUGAAGAGAAAUGAACUGAUCAAAGAAUUUAGACUGGAUAGCAAAUGUGUUAAACAAAAUUAAACUGUCACACAGCAUCUCUCCUCUUUCUCUCUGUCUUUCCUCCAUCUUCUCCGUUUAAGACACACUUAGGCUCCUCCUCACUACUUCUAACAUUUUCGGACAUAAGGAGCUCUCUCAUUGCCUAAGGUGCUGCGUGAAUAAUUUUUUAUCUUACCGAGGAAAAAUUCUAGGAAAAAUCUGAGAAUGAUGUCACUAGGAGCUACUUUUAGUCUUAGGAUUCUUGGUCAAUGCGGGGCCGUGAUGUCUAAGCAAAAUGUUGUAAAUGGCAUGUACAGUUUCCAAAGUGAUUUUUAUUUGUAUUACUUAAGAUGUAUGUAUAUUUUGCAUUUUUACAGCUAAAGUUAAAGUGAAUGACUGUUUUAGACUGAACAUGAUGUCAUGUCUUAACACUGAUUCCUGAGGUGUGAAUUUCACUGCAUAUUGAUCUUAGUAACUGAAAAACACAACUAAGCACAGAUCCAAAUAAAUAAUUACAUAUUUCUUUUGUCUACUUAUAUUGACCUUUAAUGACUACUUGCACAAUUACCCUGAAAAAAGCAAAAGCUUAUAGUCACAUGCAUUUAGAUUAUGAUACAAAAAAACAAUGGAUGUUUUACCCUGGCUUUCUCUAAGACUAAAAUAACAAUUAAAACAAAUGAGCAUAUUCAUUAGAAAAAGAAAAAGCAAAAUCAUAGGCAACAAUGAAAUACAAUUUAUAUGGAAAAUAAAUUAAAACAACCUCAAAGCAGUAUAAGUGGAUCUCAAUGAAUUAAAAUAUUUGCCAAUAUUUCAAUUUAAAUGUCAGAAAAUGAUAAAUGCAAUGUUAUUUGAUGUAACAUGAACCUAUCUGCCACACUGUAGACAAAACAGAAAACUGUUGUUCAUUUGACUGAAUACUGAUCUUUGUUUUGUAUCACAUUUAACUGAAGAAAAAUAAAAAAAAAACUGACAUUUUUAA